UUUUGGUGGAAGCUCAAAGUGGUAUUGUAAGCUUGUGAGAAUAACCACCUCAAUUGAUAACAAGUUUGUGAGCAUAACCCCGAUGAUGAAGCCCCACAACGGUGUUGUACGGAGAGCCUUGUUGGCCGCCACUACUAGCCAUGCCAACCGUGGAAGUGGUGCUGUAGCUGUCAAAAUACAGGAUUUCCAUACUGCCACUACAACAACAACUAUUCAUCCCAGUCAACAAUUUGCAUCAUCCGUUUGGGACUCCUCUGCUGCUACUACCUGUAGUACGACCAGUGUCAUUCAAAAAUCCAACUUUUCGACAGCUGUGAACACAAACACAAAGUCAACGCUGGAGGACAAGAUCAGUACUCCUCCUCCUACUCUUACUGCCAAUACCGGUACAGGUACUAGAGACCUUCCUCCCGUGGAUCAGUUGGUCAAGGACAUUCUUCGCAAUCGCAAGUACAAUCAAGGAAGUCCCAUUCAAGUCAAAUCCAGGCGCCGUGCUCGUCGAAACUACUACUGGGAUGUCGACGCGUGUCGGGCCACUGCCAAUGCCUACGAAACCUACUUGCUCGCCAUGGCCGACGGUUCAACAACUACAAGUAUUAGCCGGCUGGAACAAGACGCCCUCUUGGCCACGGGGAUUGUCGACCGAGCAUUGGCGGUACUGCUCCGCUGUCGCUUCAAACCGCCCAAAUUGGCCGAACGCGUCCGCACAUGGGAACGUGCCUUGGGAACCGUCUUGCUGCAACCACCACAAAAACAGGAAUUGAAUUCCCGUUUGACACUCCGGUUGAUCCACGCCAAUGGCAAAGCCGGCAAUAUCGGACGAGUCCUGGCACUCCUCAAUUACCGCACGCAACACCAGUAUCCACCCACACUCGAAGAAUUUGAACAUGCCAUUUCCGCCGUGGAAGUGUCGGGAUGGAAUUUACGCGCAGUACGAAAUGUCUUUUUGGGAGAUGCCAAACAACCGCCACUCGAUGAUCCCACGCGAUGGCUCGAUGCCAUUUUACUCAAUAUGAGUGCGCGCGAUUUUCCACUGACACAAGAAUUGGCCAAUCGCAUGUUGGAUACAUACUCCAGUCGAGGACGAUCCGGAAAGGCCGUCCAUUACUUUUAUUCUGUUCAUCGGACACCAAUUAUUAUGGAUGAAGAUGUAGAAGAAGUAGAGAGUGACGACGACGACGACGACGACGACGACUCGAGUGAUAUCAUUCCUGGAUUGAAUUACGCCAACUUGCCCUCCAAACAGCCAAGACCCUUCAAGGUGAGACUCAAGCUCAAAGAACCACCACCGUACCACAAGGUACCCACCGAAGCAGAAGGCAAAUUUCUGCCAACAAACAACAACAACACACGCAAUGAUAACCAAGAGCGCGCUAAAAGCAAGGGCGUACUCAAGGUGGAUCGUGAAAACGAUCCCGACUGGAGUUUGCCACUCACGGCAGCAUUCUCCUUUGCCGUCUCGUUGACGCAUGGGGCUUGUGGACACGAACCCAUUCAACUCGAUCUUGUCUCGUACAACAUUCUCAUCAAAACAUGUGUCUAUCGAGGGGCUCUCUGGCGGGCCAUGCAUCUACUAGAUACCGUCAUGCCCGCUGCCAAUAUUCCGCCCGAUCAACGAUCCUACGACAGUCUCUUGUCGGGACUCGCACGGGUCGGAGAUGUCGCACUCAUGAGAAAGUACUAUCAACAAAUGAUAUCCCAACCACACAAUCUGACGCCGUCCUAUUACACGGUCCAAUGCAUUGUCGAAGGAUUACUCAACUUGGGAGACGUCGCCGGGGCCAUUUCCGUCAUGCAAGACUUUUUCAAUCAACAUUCCGUAUUGCCACCCGUCACCACACAACUAAAGAUACUCGAGUUUGCAUUGGGAUUGGAUAUGGUAUACGAAGCCAAACGACACGUCUACUUUAUUCAGCAACUCUGGAAGUGGCAGCCGCAUUACAAGUACGAAGAAGAUGCUUUCAUUUACUUUAUGAAAACCUAUCAGCAAGAUCCAAGACUCUCCAAAGAGGCACUGCAACACUUGUUUGUGUACUUUGGAGAAAAAUUGGAGGAAUCGGACUUUUUCUAAAUCAAUGAAAUAAUGUAAUGUAGGUACCGUACAAUGAAUGCACUAGCUAGUUAAUUAAGAACGUCAAAAUGCACUAGCUAGACACCUACUAGUAUACGUG